CCCCCCACUAACCUGCCCCCAUCCCAGCCCCCUUUCCUUCCUAUCCCCCAUUUACCCUCAUCCCCCUUCAACCUCACCCCGUGGGGGGCCUCCCAGUAUGGGGGUGUCCAAUCUGUGCCCCCCUCUACCCUCCAACCCACUCUCUACCCCUCCUCUUAGCCAGGUUAGGGUAUCUCUCCUGGGGGAUUUGGCAGUCGAGCAGCCUUUACAAGCCUAAUCAAGUAAAUAUUGAGGAGAUUUGUGAGCUCUUUGUAAUGUGGCUCAGGCUCGGGUAAUUCCAUUGUGUCGCUGGGUUAGAGGGCUGUAUUUGGUGGUGAUUGGAGGUUGUGGUAAACCUCGAUUGAGUUAAUGAUGGGGUAGGGAGGGAAGGCUCUGUGGUUACACUGGGUAACUGGUUAGGGUAAAGCUGUGGGAGUUUAAACGAGGAGCUCAGAGAGAGAGAACCAAGCCUAGCAAGAACCAAGACCUUUACAGUAAAACAAACACACAGCCAUUUUGGAUUGUAGGGUUACAGGUUUCAGGGUGGAACGCACGUGGUCGAUUUAAGUCUAGUGAAUGUUUCUACUGAGUUUAUUUCAGUUGGAUUGUUUCAGUUUGAUUUUAACACUUGAAAACUUGCAACCAAAAUCUUCAAGUCAAAUUGUAGGGUUUUUAGGACGCUGCUGUUUUAGGACACCAUUUAAAUGAUGUCAAAACCAAAGUCAGUCAGCUAAAUGGAAACAAGAUUACACUCUGCUGGAGGCAGUUGGCAAAGAGCAGGAGAGCGGAAGGGGAGAGAGAGACAUAAGGAUAGUGGGAGGAGGAGAAGCAGAGGUAGUAAAUCAGUGAUAAAUUGGAGAGAUGGAGAAACUCAAGGAGCAGAGGGAUAGAGGAGGGAGUAGGAGGACUGAGAAUGAGAAAUAAAGAGAGAUUACUAAGCGAGAGAGAGUCUCAUGAGAGCUAUCUGUGUGUGAUCGUGUGUGUGUGUGCAUGUGAUGGAAUGACAUGUCAGUGCUGCAUCUGCUUGUUGUGCGGCUCAGCUGGAUCGCCGUGGCUACCAGCCAUCCUCCUUACCCUCUCCUUCCAUGUACUCUCUCUCUCUCUCUCUUCCUUAUAUAAACUACCUAUUUGUACCAACAUACAGUACCUUAGAGGGGGAGAGCGUAUUCAAGUCCCCUUGAAAAUGGCAAAUGGCGUAUCAGUAGUCCGGUCACACCUUCUCCUGCUAGAGAAUGCCCCCUGGCACAGUGCCAACGCCCCUCGGUUGGCACGUUCGGCACGGGCACAAAGGGGGCAGGAUGCAGGAAGCGGUGCUGAAAGGAACCGAGCCCCCCAUCACCCGCUUACUGGGCUGAAUUGAAACUGUGAAUCUGAAAGGCCAUACCCACACCUCCAUUCAUACUACACAUUUACAUUCAUCUGUGUGAGUCUGUAGGUCCCUCGGCCUGUGUGUGGGGAACAGGGAAGGGAGAGGUGCAUUUCUGUUGUUCUUCACAUUCAAAUUCUUCCAAGUGAAUGUGUGUGUGUCCGUAAGUGGGGAUUUCCCCCUAAAAUCCACAUGCAGACAUUUGAGGAGUGAGUGUGAACCUUCGCGUUCUUGUGCCUAUUUUAGCCUGUAUGGGUUCUUCUCAUUGAGUGUGUUUCAUUCACAUUCACAGGCUUUCCCGAGUUCCAACUACUUCACAAAUCCAGUCUCUUUAAUCACCCUGUUUUAUUCUCAGUGAUCACACUUCUACUAUUAGAAAAAAGGGUUCCAAAAGAGUUCUUCGGCUAUCCCCAUAGGAGAACCCUUUUUGGUUCUAUGUAAAACCCUCUGUGUAAAGGGUUCUACAUGGAACCCAAAAGGGUUCUACCUGGAACCAAAAGGGUUCUACCUGGAACCAAAAAGUGUUCUUCAAAAGGUUAUCCUAUGGGCACAACCGAAGAACCCUUUUAGGUUCUAGAUAGCAGCAGGGAUAUACAUAGUUACCAUGGUUUCAUUCCUGUUAUAAGCAGUGAGAGACCAGUCAUUACCAUUUCCCCUUGAUAACCAGUGUGAUCAACCCAGUUUAUAGAGUCUAUGUCUUCUUACGCAACAUGCCAUACAAUUCAUUCUCAUAGUGGUUACAAGCAUGUGAAGCAGCAGAUUUGGCUAAUAAGGUUCCAGUCUUGUUAAGAACUGAGAUAUAUUCAGUGAUUUAGAUGCCAGAUAGUCAGCAGACAAAGCCAUCUGCCUCUGUCAUUUUUGUCCCCAGGAGGAAACCGUACACUGGCAAACUGGAGCAAAAAGAGUCUAGGACUCAGAUGGCGGCAACUGGGUGUGUGUGUGUGUGUGUGUGUGUGUGAAUGGAAAACAGCCUCUGGCUCUUUGUAUUUUUCUAUUUUCUUUUCAGACAGAAUGAUCACAUUAUCCCUUCAAAUAGAGCCAUGUUGAAAGCCUGCUGGUGACACUUCAGGAGUUCCAUAAAUCAUAUACACUGCUGUAUAUGUGGGAUGUUGAAGAGCGUUUUUUAGACCCCACACUCAGGGCUGGAUUCAAUCCGCAUCGCAGAAGUAUCGUGGAAGAUCCGCGUUAUAGCCUGAUUUAAAUUGAAAGACAAUGUUCCUGCAUUUGCAGAGAUUUUCCGCGAUACUUCCGCAAUACGGAUUGAAUCCAGCCCUUAAAGCUUUCAGACUGAAGCACUUGGGAUAAUUAUGAACAGAAAUGUUCGUAAACAGAGCAAUCUGGAUUUAAAUGUGUGCCAACCUUACAAACUUCAACUAUGAGUGACAUAGUGGUACUGCCCUCACCCUAAUCAAAAUAAUGUUGAGCCUGCACACAGACACACAGACAGACACACAGACAGACACCCAGACAGACACACACACACAAUUUUGUAAAAAGUGUUAUGUUUGUUAUGUUUCUCUCCAUCCCUUUUACCCUCUCAUGGCCUCUCUCCACACUUCCCUUAUCUGGCCAUUUCAUCUGUCACCCUAUCCAUCUUUCCCUGGCUGCUCCUCUCUCUCCUCUCCGUAUUCCAUUACACAUGCCUCAUUGUUUCCACUACUACUACUUCCCUUCCCUUCCUCUCUUUGUCGUCGUCGUCGUCUUCUUCUUCUUCUUCUUCUUCUUCUUCUUCUUCUUCUUCUUCUUCUUCUUCUUCUUCUUCUUCUCUCCUCUCCUUUUUGCUCCUCUCUCUCUCUCCAUCCCUCCUUCCCCAUGCAGGUGUAAUGUCCAGGACUACAUCUGGCACAAGGGUUCCCGCUGUGAGUCGGUGGUGACAGAGUUCCAGGUGUUGUGUCUGACCAUCGGGGCGUCGGCCCUCAUGGUGCUGCUGCUCUUCAUGAUCAUUGUCUGCUUCACCAAGAAGCUCCACGUGCUCAAGACCGAGAACAGCAAGCUGCGCAAACGCAGGUAAGCUUACAGCGUGGACCUGGGGAAACCUGCGCAAAUAUAGGGGAGUUUAUGGACCAGAUAAAACCAGUUACACCUUUGUGCUAAGAAAACCAGGAAAAAACCAAGAAGUGCAGCCAUAGAUCAUAGAACCCACAGAAAACUGGCUGCGCAAACGCAGGUGAACUUAUGGACUAGAACAACCAGGCAGCAGAUAGACAGGUAUUUGAGCUCUUGUAUUCUCACAGCAUAUUUAUGUGAAAUCAAAAAUCAUAAUCACUAUCAACAAAGCUUAGCAUUUCUAGCACUAGUGAAUAUGAACAUAUUUAGUAUUCGAUUGGAGUAUUACAUUAGUAUUAGACGUGUAGUCUGUGAAUUACAUUACAACUACUUCCAUUGAAACAAAGCUCAACUUUGGGGGCUGAUGGAGAGAGUAGUGGGGGGAAAAGAGAGGAGAUGAGCAAAGGAUCAGGAUAAAAGGACAGGAGAUUGAGGAGGAAGAGAGGUGAAGUUAGGGAUACCUGAGAGGGUUAUGGAUGGGUUAGGGGAGAGAAGAGGCUGAGGGAGGGAGGGAGGGAGGGAGGGAGGGAGGGAGGGAGGGGAGGGAGGGAGGGAGGGAGGGAGGGAGGGAGGGAGGGAGGGAGGGAGGGAGGGAGGGAGGGGAGCUGGACGGUAAAGAGGAGGAUGGGGGACAAAGAGAAGAGGCGACAGACAGAACAGACAGAGGGAGAAUUGGAUGGAUCAGAUAAAGGGGGGAGGAUAUUAAAUGAGCGAAGGAGACAAUGAAGGAAUGCGGAGGAGGAGGAGGGGGCGGAAAGCACGAUGACAAGAUAGAUGAGAGAGGAAAUGCAGAAAGAGAGAAAAGAUAAAGCAGAGAGAGAAAGAAAAAGGGAGGGAUUGAGUUUGCAUUGAAAGAGAACGGGAAGAGGAUAGCUAGAACGAGUGCGGUAUGAGAUGCGGCUGUGCCUUCGCCAGUUGUUUUGCCUAGCAACAGUGAAGUCAUGUAUGAGGGUGGAUGAGUGUGGAUGCAAAUCUAGACUACCCUUGCUUCCAUCAGCAAUGCACAUUUCUUAGCUGAGGAUGAUGAUGUUAGUCAUGAUGAUGAAGAAAGGUGGCAGCAGUCAGUGCAGUGGAAAGCGUGCUGAUGGUUAGCGCAUGGUGCUAGCUGAAAAUAGUGAUGUCAUUGCUGCUCUGGCUCCAGCUGAAAGUAGGGCAGUCUGAUCAGGAGUGUAUGAGAGGGGAGGGGAGGGGGAGACAAGGCAGGGGAGGAGGAGUUGACCUACAUACAGCUGUGCGACCUGAGGGGUGUGUGUGUGUGUUUGUAAGGAGAUGGACCGCAUGCAGAAUGGGACAGACAACACAGCCUCAUCAAGUGGUUAGCCAAAAAUCGAAGAGGAGGAAGGUGAAACAGAAGUGGAGUAGAAAAGGCAGAAUGAAACAGAGGAGAACAGAGGGGUGGAGGAGUGAAGGAGAGAGAGUGGAAAUGUGUAGAGGAUGGCGAGCAGAUGGAGGGCAGGAAUAGGAAAGAGCUUUUACCAAGAGAAAAACUCAGUUGUUGUUGGAAGGAGAAAGAGUGUGUGUGCGUGUGUGCAAGCAUGCGUGUGUGUGCAUGUGCGCGUGUGUAUAGGGCACUGCUGAUGAGGCUCAUGUAUACAUGAGACGCCCACCUCUCUCUCCCUCCAUCUGCUGCAGAUAAUUGCAGUGGGCUCCACAGUGUGUCUGCCGCAGUAAAGAUGGGGUCUGCUUCCUUGUCAGAGAGAGAGGCAGAGAGAAAGAUGGAGCGAGAGAGAGAUGGAGGGAGGGAGAGAGAGAGAGAGGUGCUGGGGGAAGGGGGAGAAAGGGAAGGAAAAAUAGUAGGGAGCGAGGGAGGGAAAGAGAUAGAAAGAGAGAGGGGUGUCAAGAGAGGUAGAAAGCAAAUGGCAGAGGACAGAGAGAGAGAGAUGUAGGUAACGUUAUCUUUGCAGAGAGGAGAGUGUUCUGGCUGGAGUGCCAGAUUAAAACUGAGACAUCCUGGCUUUAGUCCCUUUUUCCCUGUGCCACGCCUUAGAAACUAUACUUCACAAGCCUCUCUCUCUCUCUCUCUCUCUCUCUCUCUCUCUCUCUCUCUCUCUCUCUCUCUCUCUCUCUCUCUCUCUCUCUCUAUCUCUCUCUCUCUCUCUCUCUCUCUCUCUCUCUCUCUCUCUCUCUCUCUCUCUCUCUCUCUCUCUCUCUCUCUCUCUCUCUCUCUCUCUCUCUCUCUCUCUCUCUCUGGGAAGUGUUUUCAAUGAGUGUUUUCAAUGAUAGGUCAAUGGUGAGUCAUUGUUGCAGUUUGGGAAGUAACUCUCAUUUUCGUUUUCAGUUGCAAAACAUUUUGCUAUACAUUGUGCCCUAUUGAAUACAACCCAGGAUUGGGUGUCAAAGUGUAAAUAGCUGUAGGCUAGUUUUGAUUCACAGCUGAUUUGUUGCAUCACAGAGGGUAUGUCUGUCUGUCUGUCGUCUGCAUACUGAAGUCUUACACUUGCACUAUACUGUAACUAACGCUGCUCUCUCUUGCUUUUUCUCUCCCUCCUCCCUCCUCUCCCCACAUCCUUUUCCCUCGUCCUUCAAUCCUGAUUUUGACCUCCCUAUUCUCUCUGCAUCCCUCUGUUUCUAUUUCCCCCUCCCCAUCGACACGCUCCUCUUCCUCCCACAAUGUGACCCCUCCUCGUUUUAUCCUCUUUUACCUGUUCUCCCUUCCUCUCCUCUCUGGUCCCCUCCCUGUCCUCCCUUCCUCUCCUCUCUGGUCCCCUCCCUGUCCUCCUCCUCUUCCCAGCAGUAAGUACCGGCCUCCAUCGGAGCAGCACAAUGAUAAUUUCUCCCUGUCCACCAUCGCUGAGGGCUCCCACCCAAAUGUAAGGAAACUGUGCGACACCCCUCCUAACGUCCCUCAUGCCCGUGCUUUGGCUUACUAUGAUAACAUUAUCUGUCAGGUAACGUGGUUCUCGUCUCUCUCUCACCUUUUCUUCCUUCCCUCCUCUGCAUGGGCUUGAGCGUCACCUCUCCGGGGUACAAGGUGGGGUGUUACAGUGGGGUUCUUGUCUCUCGCUAUGGGACAAGUCUACAGCCAGAUAGGCAGACAUAGUACUACACCCGGUUACUGAGGCAACACUGUUACCAUGGCAACAAUGUGGCUGUAAAGUCUCUACUGUGUAUUGCCACACUGUCAGUUAUUAUUUUAUUAGCUAUUGAUCCCACUUGAAGGUGACACACACACACACACACUGCAGAUGUGAAAGAUGGAGCAAGGAAAUAAGUAGAUCUUACCUAUACAUCUGCCUGACCCAAUGGUGGGGUGUGGUCAGUUCUGCUCAAGCUAAGACUUGACCAAGACCAAGAGAGAACUCCCAUAGCCCUCACUGUAACCCCCUCCACCCCAUCUUUCCCUGAUCUGCUCUCCCUUUGAUCACCUGUGCAUCGGUAUGUCACUGCAUGCCUGCUCUAUCGCUCACAUGGUGCCCCCCCCCCCGGUGGCCAUGUCAGCCGCUGCAGCAGCCUGUCCGUCGCUCUGCCUCCGUGUCUCUGUCCGUCCGUUUCACUCGCUUAUCCUGACUUGGGCUGGAUUGGUGGGAAAGGUGAAGAAGGUCUCUUGAUUGGUCGAUAAUGGGGAUUUGGGGGGCGGGGAAUCUGGGGGCAGAAAAUGUAUUUCAUUUAUGGGGUUAUUAUCAGGUUGAUAGCGAAUGGUGUGCGAGAUGUGUGCAAGGUGGGCAGGGCUAUUAAGUCAGGAUAAACAUCUGAGAUGCAAUGUCUCCCUGCUGCCUGUAGGUGGCGGGGGGGAGUAUAGACCUAGAUGCACAACUAACGGAAGCAUGGGGUAGCAUAGUUAGCAUAGUGCUAACAUGGUCAUAGCAGCAUGAGUAGAAGUAGUACUAUGACAUAAGAUGUGGUGCCACAUUCUAACAACUCAUCAAAUAGUUCAGGUCAUCAUACUUGGUAUAACCACAAGCAAAUUGCUUCACUUAGCUUUCUUUUGCUAGUUUUUUGUUUGUUUGUAGAUGCAGCGUUAUUCUUCCUUCUGGGUAAUUGCGAUAAUGUUUCUGUAAAUAUAAUAUAGUGACAACUUGAGGGGCAUCAUAUUGCAGUGCUUCAUAACAUGAGACAGUUAGCACAAUCACCUAGCAGAACACUACUAACCUUAACCAUAACCACAACCCAAUAACAUUCACAACCCAAUACCAUUUACAACCAAAUAAAACACCAUAUAACACCCCAAUCUUCCAGACAUCCUCUAAGCUCUGAAACAGGAUAGCUCUGCUCUUUGAGUCUCAGCCUGGGUUUGCAGCUUAGCUCUACAGCUCUAAGUCAAUGUAUUAGUACAUCUCUCUAUCCAUAGGAGUCAAUAUAGAGCACCAGUAUAGAAUAUCUGGAAAAAGGUCCAUUAAAAUACUAUGUAGAUUCAUCUGCAGAGAACAGCCAACACCAUAGAAAGCUCAGAAUACAUGAACUAAUAUUGUGACUAACCAAUACCUCAAAUCCCUCCGUCUAGUUCAUGAACUAAAACCUCUGUGUUUCUAUGUCAACACGGUACCCUCAGAAAUAUCUCAUCCAACAUUUACUAUGGUAAUGUCAAGGCCACAAAGCACCAUAGUUACUGAGACGAAUCCAUCAGUGUCCUUAUAUGGGCAAGACAGUCUCUACCUCUCAAUGUGAGCUGGGAAUAUCAGCGAUCAUCCUUAGGAAGUUCCCCUUACUAGGUCUUCUCUCUCUGCCACUUCCCUUCAGGUCUCCGUGGGCUCGAGUCGCUAGAAAAAAAAAAGCUGGAAUAGGAAAAGCUCUAGAGAAGAGAGAGAGAGCGAGACAAGAGACAGCCGCUAGAGGAGAUCAGGAGGCGGUAGCUCGCGAUCUAUCGAGUCGCUAGCUCUCUCUCUCUCUCUCUCUCUCUCUCUCUCUCUCUCUCUCUCUCUCUCUCUCUCUCUCUCUCUCUCUUCUUCUCUCUCUCUCUCUCUCUCUGUCUCCCUCUCUCUCACACUCUCUCUCUCUCUCUGUUUGAGGAUGUUAUGUAUCUUUGAGGAGUAUAACCCUCUCCCCCCCCCUCAGAAAACCAUGAGCAGAUACACCUGGGAGUGUAAGACCAAAGAGGAGCCCGACUGUAAGGUAAGAUAAACCCCCUCAGAUGGCCCGCCCCCCUCUCCCUUAAACGGCUCUCUCAUUGUACUGUGACCCUGUCAGUCACCCUCUCUCAACUCAACGGACUAAUCCACGGCCCCAAACUUGGCUAGUCAGAACCUAGUGCUGUUACUCCUAAGUGCUGAUCUAAAGUCAGUUUAUAAGUUAAGUUAGCCAUUACCCCUUAAUGGAUCAUUUCUGGAUUGGAGUAUAUGCUGAUUCUAGACAUGAUCCAUAUCUUUACAUACUCUGGGCUCUUAAAAUAAGAACUACGAAAUAAACACAAUUUAAAAUAUGAAAUGUACAGUCUUUUAUCUAGGUUAAAUGGCACAGAGAUAAACGUUGUAGCAGUCCAGUAGCAGUACGAUUGUGUCCUUGUAGUGUCCUUCAGACAGGAGAUAUCGACCCUUCCCACAGGAGUUCUUAACAGAAGAGAAGACACUGCAGUAGACUGAAACCAGAGAAAUCUUGCUAGACAUAAACUCUCUCUCCAGAUAAACACACGGUCAGAAAUUGUACACACUCCAACAUGCAUAAAAACACUAUAAUAUAUACACAGAUAAUACAACUAGAACGUGAAAUAUUGUUCUAGGGAGAAUAUUUUCUUUAUUUUGAGCAUUACAUGGACUGAGUACAGUGGAUUGUAUCCGUUUACUCGUUUACCCCUAUCAACAUUAAUACCUUUCCUUUUAUGGACCAUGCUGGUUUACAGUAUAGAUUUAACUAUGGCUUGUGUCAAUUCCAUUCUAACUCAGUCAGUUGACAAAAUUAAUUGAAAAUGUAGAUAAAGGUAAUAAGUAAAAGUCUAUAUUUACAGUAAUUAAUACAUGUAUAAGUUCAUGUCCUCAGUAUUGAUUGAAUGAAAAUGGAAUUGAUAUUAAGUGAUUAUGAAAGGGUUACAUUGACAUGUCCUGAUCAUAGUGACAUGUUCUUAUAAUACUGACAUGUCCUUGUAAUGUUGACAUGCCAGUCCUGUGCUGUGGAUUAAAGGCCGGGACGUACAGUCCCUAUUGUCCAAUCCUGCCCUGUAGGCUGUGCUUUGCUGUGCUGUGCUGAGCCAUACUGUACUGUACCGUGCCAGUGAAGAGCAUUGAGGCUCUCUAUCUAUCUGUAACAAAUCGUUUGACUCAGUCCUGUCCCACCCUCUUCGUGUCCUUCCUCCACUACGUAUACACAGAUACACACACACGUUCUAUACAAAGACGCAGAUCCAGACACUCAGACCGGUGCAGAUCCAGACACACUCACAUCAACUCUGAACAGACACACACAUACAGACAUAGGCAUAAAGCAGGAAGGAUACAAAGAUCUGUCCAUGUUUCAUCUUCAUCUUCAUCCCCCGUAUAUCUCUGUUCCAAAAACUCCCAACAAAGUCCCUCUCACCCUCUUUCCGCAAUACAAUGAAAAACAACAGCAAACAAACAAACAAACACAUUUUCCAGUUUCACGCUGACGGAAGGAAAGAUGGCCCCUAUCCUGUAACCAUGGAAGUGACGUAUCCCCACGUCCUGCCCGAAGUUACUAUCUAGACCAUCAGCCAAUGGGUAAAUGCUCUCGCCAUCCCGUUUGUGUGCCAUUGAAUAACAAGCAUUCAGCUCUGUUUCGUAAUGGCACAGCCCUCAGGGUCUGCAGUGUGUGUGUGUGCGCGCGUGCCUGUGUGUGUGUGUGUGUGUGUGUGUGUGUGUAUGCAUGUGUGUGUCUUUCCAUCAGCCUGAGCACAGACAGACUUUUCUACCUCUACACAGCAGGGUCGAUGAAGCUAUGCAAUAUUAAUGAGGCUAUCAGGGUGGAAAAACAGGUUCAAAUUAAUGCCAAUCCAUUCUUUUUCCUGACCUUAAUUAAAUGCAGCCAAAAGGAUGAAUUGAAGUGAAACAGAGUUGUCUCCUAAUGCAUUGUUUUUUCAGCUCCAGCUGUACUGUAAGUAUGUAUGAAAGUGGAUCCACAGACAAUGUGUUUAAUGUCAAUUAUGGCACGGCUCAUUGUGUUUUAAUUGGGACAGUAGCGAGGUGAGGGGGGCUGGAUGAGUGAUUGGGGGGGGGGGGGAUUCUGGAUUCUCUGGGGGUCUUGCAUGUGGAUGUGCAUGCGCUUCCCGGUUGGCCUGGAUGGGGUGCUUGUUGGUGGGUUAUAAAGGAUGGGAGGGGAGGGAGUCGCUCAUACAGUUCUCCAAUCACCUCUAUGUCCCUUCAACCAAAACAAAUGUGCAAAGCAAGCAUGAUGUUGAAACAAUUGGGUAGCCACGGCCACUUGGGUCUUUUUGAAACGGUUAGCUUACUCACUGCUACAUGCUUUUCCAUCGACUGAUAGUCAGGUAGUGUGAGGAUAAUAUGGGAUUUUGGGAUAUUUAUAUCCAAACAAUAUAAUACAUCGGAUUACAGAGAGGGAUGGAGGGGAGUUAGAGGCUCUAAUAUUUGGAGAUGUUAGGAUGGUAUUUCAAAUAUUCUCAUCUCUUUAGGGGGAAUGAGAAUAUGCCAUAGCAGUGGUCUGUCUAAUAGAGGCUAUAAAUUGAUAUUUUCAGAGGUUGAAGGCCAGCUAUUGGCUGAUGCUGUGACGGUCCAUAUAAGAGGAUGCAACAAAAGACCACAUGGUAGACUAGAGGGAGGGUUUGGUUUAUAACAGUUUUGGGGGGGUCUGACUGGGUAGGCCUAACUGUGUUUUCUCCUCCCUCCGUCCAUCUGUCCGCCCGUCCCUGGCAGGAUGAUCCUAAUGCCCCGAACAAGCUGGAGGACCCCGUCAAGGCCCCGGUGCCCAAGGAGGACGACUCCCUGAACAUCCACAACUCCCUGACCCCCAAACACGAGAACCACAAGGUACUGGGCGAGGAGAACUCCUCGGAGGUAAACUCACUGCAGAACAACAUGAUGUAGAAGCCUGGUCGGGAUGAGAGCUCCAGUCCUGCUCUCUAUCCCACCCACCACGUCUACAACUGCUACCACCAGCCAACCACCGUCUACAACACGGCAACACUGCCACCAAGCGGCCCAUGCCGCUGCAAAAAAAACACACCACCCCAGCUGAAACUCCUCCCCCACCUGCCACCGCCUAUAGCGACCCCUUACGCCCAAUCACGCCCCCCUGCCUCGCUGCCCUGCCCCUUUGUUGCUGUCACUCUGCUCCCCCUUACCCCCUGCCCGCACGCACAUACACACACAUGAACACACAAACAGACACACCAGAACACACAAACACACACACGCACAUAUACGUACAUACACACACAUACACUCACAUUCCCCUGCCUGCAUUGGUGUAUUUUGUAAAAAUAAAAAAAUCAUAUGGAGUUUAAAAAAAGAAGUUAAACAUUGUAAAAAAUAUAAAAGCUACUGAGAGGUUUCGAUGUUUGUCUGACUAAUUCAUUGAGUAUGUAUAAAUAUAUGAAAAAAAUGCUUGGAUUGAUAUAAAAGAAACACAAUGUGUCUUUGUUUUCAUUGAUGUGAUUUCUAAUCCUGAUGUACUUGUUUUAUUUUGUACUUUUCUGGGAAUACAGACUUCAAACAGAGAAAAAAAUCAGACAGUUGUUGAAAUAAACAUUUUUAACAUGACACCUUUGUCCCUGUGUUUUCCUGAACUAUACUAUCCCUUUCCCUCUCAAACUCUUGCAUGGCUUAUUACAGCUUGGUAGCCCCUUAGGUUGCACUCACACACACACACACACACACACACACACACACACACACACACACACACACACACACACACACACACCUGCAGCUUGCAUGGAUCCUGUAGUUCUCUCUCUCAUAGAGCUGCAGCUAAAACACACAAAACGAAAACUCUUCUCUCACCACUCAUGCCAGAAAGGGCCUUAUUUAGAAUGCCAAACACACACACUCACACACAUUUUUCAUACCGGCCUGCAUUCUCAAUGAGUCUCAAAGGAGGCCUCUCCGAUGCCAUGCCUUUGUCGGAGUUCAAAGUGUGAUCAUUGAGAGAGUUCUAGACUGAUUGGACCGAGUCUGGUAUUGUAGGGCCCUUCUCAGGCUGCGGGGUCUUUGGUUGGGUGGAUGGGGGAUGAAGGACCCCUUUCGCAUCAAUAGGGACAGAGAAAUAUUCAAACCACUACAGAGGAAAAGUUUGGCUAUGGGAAUAAACAGCAGGCAAGCAGCUACAACGACAGCAAUUAACACAUUUUCUCUUUAUCUCUCUCAGUCUCUGUUAUGUUGCUGGUAUGCAAGAGAACACAUAGCACUCAUGGUUCAAAGGAGACGGCCUAUUGGCUUUGCACCUUUCUCAGACAAAAUCUUAACGGCUUUGCGCGCACACACACACACACACACACACACUGAAGAAGCUGAAACAUUUUGUGUCCUUGGGAUGGAUAGAGACUAUAAAAUCAAUCAACCUGCAUGAGUUAUACUGUAGCUCAACACUUACUCUAUUCCAGUUUCAACUGUUCUGCCUGCGGUUAUGGAACCCCUACCUGUCCCAGACCUGCUGUUUUCAACUCUUAAUGAUCGGCUAUGAAAAGCCAACUGAGAUUUAUUCCUGAUUAUUAUUUGACCAUGCUUGUCACUUAUGAACAUUUUUGAACAUCUUGGCAUGGUUCUGUUAUAAUCUUCACAUGGCACAGCCAGAAGAGGACUGGCCACCCCUCAUAGCCUGGUUCCUUCCUAGGUUUCUUCAGGUUUUCGCCUUUCUAGGGAGUUUUUCCUAGCCAAACCGUGCUUCUACACCUGCAUUACUAGCUGUUUGGGGUUUUAGGCUGGGUUUCUGUACAGCACUUCGAGAUAUUAGCUGAUGUAAGAAGGGCUAUAUAAAAUAAAAUUGAUUGAUUGAUUGAUUACUCCUCAAUUGUGCCUGGGUUCGAGCCUUGGUGUGAGACCAAUCAGGAGAAAGUGGUACUUGCUAAGUAAGCAGCGUGACGUCCGUUACAUUAGGGAUUGCUCUUUGGCAUUUUAGCAGACCGAAGAACUCUCCAAUGAAUCUGUUUUGUUUCCUCAUCUCUUUCAUUUCUGCUUCAUCUACAAUCAACACCAAUGACUGUAUUGACACUUCAGGGCUCAACCAGAAAGCCUCCCUUCCCUGGGGGCCUCUCUGGGUUUGACUGUGUGUGUGUUUCUGUAUGCAUGUGUGUGUGUGUGCGCGUGUGUGUAUGAGUGAGUGGGUGUGCGUGCAUGCGUGUUCAGGCUUGUCUCUGGGAAGAGAGAGCACAGUGUCCAUCACACCACAGGACAAGAGGUGAUGGUGUGGUUGAGAGAGCUGGGCACUGAGAUAGACAUCUAUCUCUAUUCCUCUAAAACCCGGUCGGCCUUUCUAAACAUAUUUUCUACACCCCCCUCACCCCUCCCUCUUUCCCUUUUGUAUAUCUAUUUUUCUGGCAUCAACCUCUCCCCCUCUCUUUCUGGCUUAUUCCCCCUCUCUCUAGAAAAUGUUUCACAUCGUUCCACCAGUCCUCUCUCUCCUCUAUCUCUCGCUCCUCUCCUAUCGCUCCUCUCCUCCCUGUUGCUGGAGGGUCUUUACAAAUGCAGCCUCAGACAGAGGGGGCGCCGUUGCCAUGGAAACCAAUUAUGUCGCUACGGUCCAAGCUUGAGAGGACCAACUCAAUGACCUCACCAUUCUCUUUAUUCCUUUCUCUCUUUCUUUCUCUCUCUCUCUCUCACACACACACGACUACGCACACACACCCGAUUAGAACAGACUGUGUGGCGUUGCACUGAGACUCAGAAAAUGAUGUAUAAUAGAUAUAUAAAAUCAAGAAUGCAUUAUGCAGAUUUAAUGUCAUCUAGGAAAACAUUUUGAAAUGUUGGCAUUAAAUACACUCUGAUUCCACAUAACCCCCUUAUAUUACUCCCUCUAUCUCUUUAGCUGACCUAAAUACCACUUCAUGUUCUUAUAGCGUUUUUACAAUGUUCUGACGAUGAAUGCACUCCUGCUCACCUUUCACCAAAUAAUUUAUCUGGAGAAGAGAGAGGAAGGGCACACUUCAGGUAGGGAGAGAGGGGGCAGGGGGGAGAGAGGGGUCAGGGGGGGAGAGAGGGGGCAGGGGGGGAGAGAGGGGGCAGGGGGGAGAGAGGGGGGGGGAGAGGGGGGCAGGGGGGAGAGAGGGGGCAGGGGGGAAGAGAGGGCACAAAGAGGGCGUAUCAAGAUUUUUCUCUGCCUCCCUAAGCCUGCUGGGACGUUGGAUUCAUCCGCACACUGCCAUUGGCUGAGGAUGUGGUGGAACGAUGGUGUGUGAAUUCCACAGGGAGCCUCAGGAUUGGCCAACGCAAACACAUAUACACACAGACAAACAUGCAUGCCCACACGCGCAGUCACGAGUGUGCGCGCGCACACACACACAUACGAAAGCACACAAAAUUGCACAGAGUCAGAGUAUACACAAACACACAGACUUGCAUAAAAGCUCACAGAGCAGUUUGGGAAGCAAGUAUUGAAGCUUAAAGGCAGGGUGUGGGUGGGUGAGUUAAGUCUGAUUGAACCAUUUUGGCAUUACUCUGGUUUAUUAAUGAGGAUCUCUGGAAUGCAGAUGAUCAUCAGAGAAGCCUUACUGAUGGAAAUGUGGCCAUACAUUACCACACUGAGGCCAAAUCCUACUCCCCCUUUUCCUCAAAGAAAGGAGGGAGGGAAAAAUAUAAAAUGAUUCGCACCACAGAGUUUGGCCUUUCUCUGAUGUGUUAUCCUUUGUAGAUCAAUGUACGGCUGCAGUGGAGGUUGGGGGUAGAAGGAAAGGGUAGAUGUAAAGAGCUGGAUGGUACAGGUAACUGCUAAAAUAAAGGAAACACUUGAGUAAAUGAGGGAUACAAAGUAUAUUGAAAGCAGGUGCUUCCACACAGGUGUAGUUCCUGAGUUAAUUAAGCAAUUAACAUCCCAUCAUGCUUAGGGUCAUGUAUAAAAAUGCUGGGCAGUCCAUGAGCAUGAAAACGAUGUAAACCAUAUGCCAUGGCCGUCUCAGUCACCAGAUCUCAACCCAAUUGUACACUUAUGGGAGAUUCUGGAGCGGCGCCUGAGACAGCGUUUUCCACCACCAUCAAUAAAACACCAAAUUAUGUAAUUUAUCGUGGAAGAAUGGUGUUGCAUCCCUCCAAUAGAGUUCCAGACACUUGUAGAAUAUAUGCCAAGGUGCAUUGAAGCUGUUCUGGCUUGUGGUGGCUCAACACCCUAUUAAGACACUUUAUGUUGGUGUUUCCUUUAUUUUGGCAGUUACCUCCUAUAUUUAAAUGCAUCCAAUUCUGUAGAAAACCGUUUUAGGUAGAAGUAACCACACAGAUGCGUGUCUAUGAUGUGCGUGUGUGUGUGUGUGUGUGUGUGUGUGUGUGUGUGUGUGUGUGUGUGUAGGGUUGGAUACGUUACUUUCUAAAUGUAAUCUGUUACAGUUACUAGUUACCUCCUGUCCAGAAUUGUAAUCAGUAACAUAACUUUGGGAUUACGCAAACUCAGUAUCGUAAUCUGAUUACUUUCAGUUACUUUUGUAUUACUUUCCCUUUAAGUGGCAUUAGAAGAGACUAAAAUGAUCCAUCAAACGCAUUUGGUGUGUCAUCAUAGUGGUCUCUGACUUUUGUUCAGACUUGCUCAGGUGAUACAAACUUAAACUUGCGCCUUUUUUACAAUCCUGAAUGGAAAGUAAUUGAGAAAACAGAAAGGUGUCAUUAUGUAUUUUUUUUGCAAACAUCCUUUCUGAAUUUAAAGCAAUCCAAGAAGUAAUAAUCAAGUUUUUCAAAAGUAUCUGUAAUCUGAGUGCAAUAUUUUUGCUGGCAACGUAAUUGAUUACAGUUAUAGUUUUUAUUUAAUGAGUUUACAUGUACUGAUUACAUGUCAUCAGUUACUCCCCAACCCUGUACUGUGUGUGUGUGUGUGUGUGUCUGUGCGUGUGUUCUUACAGGGCGAGGUGACCAUCGAGAUGGAGCUCUACCGUCCCAAAAACGCCAAGCCGAGACCCCCUUGCAGUCCCCUGAUCCACUAUGACGUGUACCUCUACAAGGUGCCCAAAGCCCUGCCCAAAGCUCCUGUUGUCAACCGGAUAGGGGCCAGGCCCAGGGGUAAGGUACUGAGGUGGGAGGAUGACAUGUACCCCCCUUCGCACCCCUGUCCUGUGUACAGCCCUCUUAGUACACGGUCCUUACCGACCAUCGACCCCAGGGGUUAUAGGGCACGACCACAGACAGCCAAGGUGUGCACUCCC